UGCGGCAGUCUGAACCACGAAAGUGGCCUAAAGAGUUGAGCGCGCGUUUCCCACCCAGCGAGUGGUGGCAAAUUUAUUCGUAGUGCAUAGAGUGAAUUAGUGUUACACUUGGGUCCCGAAAAAACAAACCCCCAGCCAACUUUAAGCCGAAGCCAUGAGGAUCCAGCGGCAUUUUGUGUUGGGUUUUCUCGGCGCCCUCUUCGUUGCCAUCGCCGGCAGCCAUGCCAAAGCUGUCGGAGAUCAACAAGCUGCCGAGUCCCAACAAGUUGCGAGCGGAAAUGCCGUCGCGGAGAAGCGCAUCGGUCACGGCUUUGGUUUAGGUCUUGACAUCGGCCUUGGUGGUCAUGAAAUUCACGAGCACAUACACGAGCACCAUGAGCAUCACGAUCCAGGCUACUGGAAGAAGAAGGUCACGUGGAAGGAGGGCUGGAAGAAGAUUUGGAAUCCAGCCAAGAAACAAAUUUGGAAUCCAUCCUGGAAGAAGAUUUACAAGCCUCAUUGGGUAAAGGUUCCCGGCUGGAAGGAGAUUCAGGUGCCAGCCUGGAAGCAAGUUUGGGUGCCACACUGGAAAGAGAUCUUAGUGCCUGCCUGGAAGGACAUUCAAGUGCCUGACUGGAAGCAGUAUUGGACACCAGAACUAGUCAAGGUUGGCAUUCCCGGUGAGAAAUAUCUGGGCAAGGAUCAUGAGGGCUGGGAGUACACUAGCCACGAUCUGUGGAAGAAGAAGGUUGUCUGGAAGUCGCACUGGAAGAAGAUCUGGAAGCCUGCAAAGAAACAAAUCUGGGUGCCAGAGAAGAAGUUGGAAUGGAAGGAAGCGUGGAAACAGUACUGGAAGCCAGCCAAGAAACAGAUCUGGAACGAUAAACUGGAAUGGAAGGAAGCGUGGAAGCAAAUCUGGGUGCCUGGCUGGAAGGAGAUCUGGGUGCCUGGCUGGAAAAAAAUCUGGAAGCCCGUCGUGAUAUCCGAAUGGUUCCCCUCGCCCGAUCACCAUCAUGAUCACCACCACGAAGAGAGCUGGGACUGGGAUCGCAAGGACAAAGCCGCCACCAACGAAAAGGACAAAGUUGUAUGGAAGCGCGAUGAUAGCAACGUUUCAGCGCAGAAGCCAACACAACUGAAGCCGGUGGCUAACGGAGAUUUCAAAGCCAAGACGCUGGAGGCGGCCAAAUCGCCAAUCGCUGCCACAUCGCAAUCGUUUAAGUUUCCGGGCGCAUAAACGUCGUGCCAAAUGCCACAUUAAUUAGAAUGUCACCCACCCGGAUCCUUGUUCCAUGUAAAUAGUUGUACACCAGUCGUUAGCACGUAAGGACUUUCGUUGCGUUGGCGUUAGCGUCAAUUUAAAUUAUCUUUAGCCUUAGACAUUGUUUAAUUAACCAAAUAAAAUAAAUAAAUAAAUACAAAUUAUAAUAAUACAAA